AUGACACUUAAACGUGUGCUGGAACCAGUUGAGAAUAUGGUUGCGCAAGCCCAGGAGUCAUCACUUCCUGUGAACUUGUCACACUUCAACCUUAUGACCGGAAACUGCUGUCCCAGCAUUUCUAAGGUUGCCAACUUCCAGUGGUGGGCCUACGAUCACUUCAUGCUCAUUGCAAUGAUUGACGGUACAACUUCUCCCGGCCGUGACGAUACACACGCCGUAAGGCUGGACUACGCCGUCGACACCAUUGUACGGAUCAAAGGAAACCCGGCCACCGCGCGGCCUCCCCAAGUUGACCCAAGCUGUGGAGGAAGAAGCCCUUUCCGAGCACAAGAAACCUUCCCCAAGCGGCCUAGCGACCAGCUGUCGGGCAGGUCCUCCUCCGACCUGAUGCAUGCUACACGGACCUCCCAGACCUGCAACUCACUCCACAACGACACUUCCCGCAAGAUGACCUUUGCCAUGCUUCGCACACUUGUCGGCAUGAAGCCCCUGCGCAUCCACCAAGUCGUGCAACUCAGAAGCCGCUUCCCCGGGCAUCGAUGCAUAUUGCCUGCCUGA